CCUUUGGCUGCGCCGCGCGCGGACCUUGGGAAAGAAAAGAAGAGACAAAGCUGCGUCAUAUAACUAGAAAACUUAACCCAGCAUCGUGUCUCCUUUAGGUUAGCUUGGAAACACUUUAUCAUGGUGUAAAACUGCUAGAGUUGAGGUAAUGUCUGGCGGAGAUCCGAAGAUAACGAAGCCAAAGAUGGGAUGAAUGCAUUCAACAUGUAAACCUGGUUUGAUGACCUUCGAUUUUGACCUCUGGCUCUUUAAAUUACAUGUUCUGAUCCUUCGAAACAUUUCUGUAAUCACUAUUCAAGUCCCAGAGAUUUUGAAAUAAUGUCUUUGUUGUCCGUAACUCCAGCAGAAGGUGUCAACAUUACUGAAGAUGACUUGACUGGUGUUGCUGCCAAAUUUGGCUACCAGUUCAAAGACAAUGAAAAAGCCGAGUACACGACUUUGCUCGCUGCUACAUGCAAUGCCAUGCAAUUCGUCUCCGAAAUGGAUGAUUAUCAACCAGAGCCUGACUUGGAAUUGAGCCCACGAGAAAACCUCUACUUCCCAGCAAAGUCGGAUAAUCCAGACAAUGCCUGGGCCCAUCGGUUCACUUUGGCUCAUAAAUCACCAACUUCCACAUUACUCCAAGGACGAACUGUCUGCAUCAAAGACAACAUCUGCGUUGCUGGCGUCCCAUGCCUAAUUGGUACUGACACAUUUACCGGUUGGACACCUAAAAUGGACGCAACGAUCGUGAGCCGGAUCUUAGAAGCCGGUGGGAUUAUCACAGGCAAAGCUGUCUGCGAAAAUCUUAGCACAAGCGCUGCUUCGUAUACAGCCGCCACUGGACCUGUCAAUAACCCGUAUGCCAAAGGGUACAGUGCUGGCGGUAGCAGUUCAGGUACUGCAAAUUUGGUCGCGAAGGGUGAGGUUGAUCUUGGCAUUGGUGCUGACCAAGGUGGCUCUAUUCGCAUACCAGCAAGCUUAUGUGGCCUUGUUGGAUUCAAAGCCACAUUUGGUUUGGUCCCAUAUACUGGUUGUGUGAGUAACGAAGCAACGAUUGACUUUGUUGGCCCAAUCACCAGGAACUGUUUGGACAAUGCGCUGUUACUCGAAGCUAUUGCUGGCGUUGACGGGCUUGAUGACAGACAGCGCGCUGGGACACCCUUUCGAGACCAAGUCCCAAAAUAUUCUCAGAUACUGAUGGAAACCAAGGAUAGUGGGGUGAAAGGCAUGCGUAUUGGGAUUCUGAAGGAGGGUUUGACACAAAAGAUGCUGGAUUCUGGUGUUGAAGCCAAAUUUCAGGCUGCUGCAAAAGUCUUUCAAGACUUGGGAGCAGUUGUCGAGGACGUCAGUAUCCCAAUGCAUGAGAUCGCUCCAGCUUUGUUUGGUGCUGCAAGCCGUCAAGGAGGUGUUAUGGGACGGAUCGGAAAAGCAUCAGGACGCCGACAAGUCAUGCUGACAGACUUAUAUGAGAAGAUGUUGCCAUGUACAGCAACCUCGAUAGAAAAGAUGAGUCCAGUGAGCAAGAAUUCGGUCUUUGGUGGAGAAUUCUGCUGGGAACGAUUCCCUCAUGUCUAUGCGAAAGCGGUGAAUUUAUGCAGGAAGCUGACCGAGGAGUACGACGAGAUACUCAAGAAGUACGAUCUCCUCAUUAUGCCUACAACUAUUACUCCAGCAGAUCCACUACCUACUGACGAUGAUUCUCCAAUCACAAAGAUGAGCAAAACCAUCGGGAAGCUCGACAACACCUGUCCUUUCAAUGCGACAGGACACCCUGCUCUCGCUUUUCCUAUUGGUUUCGUUCCAGCAAAGGCUGAUGAAAACAUACGUGUCCCAACUAGUAUGCAGAUUGUGGGCAAGCAUUUUGAUGAAAUCACUUGUUUGAAAGUGGCAUAUGCCUGGGAGAACGCUCGAAAUUGGAAAGAGUUUUGAUGAGUUCGUAUAAUUCAUCCGGGUGGUACUAUGCUUGCGAUUGAAGAAUAGGAACUCAGCACAAUAGAAUUCGAGUUGGACUGCGUCCAAUGGACAAAUUGAAGCACAUAAAAGAUUUAGUACUACAAAAUGUAACCAUUUUGAAC